CCCAAACGUUCCAACGUUUCAUGAACAGUGUGUUGAAUGGACUAGAAUUUGUGUUUUGCUAUUUGGAUGACAUUCUAAUAGCCUCUCCAGAUGAAGAAGCUCACCGAAAACAUCUACGAGCAGUCUUCGAGAGACUAAGGGCCCUAGUUGGACACUGUCGAGAUGGAGGAACGGGUCGUUUUUUGCGAUCUACUCGACAGAGAGCGAGUCUGGUGUCAUCGUCUCGAUCAUUACAGAGAUCGACGCGUCGGAAAUUUUUCCGACAGCUGCCUAGCUGCCGUUUAACUUUCUGACUGUCGUUUUAGAGCUAAAUUCAAGAUGGCGGAGCUCACGGAUACUUUUUUGGAAGUGUGUUUAACCGAUUUGUUGAUUUCUCAAGAUUUGCGAAGAACUCGGGUAUUUCGUGAUAGAAAUAAUGCUUUUGAUGCUGAUGAUUCCACUUUCAUUGCAUUAUUUCGAGUUACAAAACCUAUAGCAUGGGCCUUAUAAAUGAAUUAAAGCCCUGCUUUACCGGUACAUCGACGUCAAAGACAGCAAUAACUCCUGAAUUAAAGGUUUUGUGUGCCUUAAACUUUUAUGCGUCAGGAAGUUACCAGAGAUACGUAGGUAAUGACCGAUAUAUUGGGCUGAGCCAGAAAUCUGUCAGUCGGUGUAUUCGAGACGUCACAAAUGCUAUUUGUUCUGGCCUUUUCAACAAAUGGAUUAAAUUUCCAAUAAAUAGUUUCCAACAAAACAAAAUUAAAUUAGGAUUUAAUCAAAAGUUUGGAUUUCCUGGUGUCAUCGGUGCUGUAGAUGGCACCCAUGUAGCUAUAAUUGCACCGAAAGACACGGAAGAAUGCCAAGGGUUCAUUUAUAUAAACAGAAAAUCAUUCCAUUCACUGAAUGUGCAGUUGAUUUGCGAUUCUGAUUUGAUGAUCAUCAACGUCAAUGCGAAAUUUCCUGGUAGUUCACAUGAUUCAUUUGUGUGGCGAUCUUCAGGAGUUCGGCAUGCACUUUCCAGGCAUCAUGAAACUGGCUCUUGGCUUUUAGGUGAUGCAGGCUAUCCUUUGGAACCAUGGUUGUUGACUCCUGUGCCUUCCCCAACUGUAGGAUCUGCUAAUGAAAGAUAUAACAAGAAGCAUGCAACAGCCAGAAACUGCAUUGAAAGAUGUAUUGGGGUUUUGAAAUCAAGAUUUCGCUGUCUACUGCAUGCAAGAGAAUUAAAUUAUGAACCAACAACUGCUGGGAAAAUUGUAAAUGCCUGUGCAGUGUUGCAUAAUAUUUGCAGGCAUUACAAAUUACCUGAUAUUGAAAAUGAUUGCAGAGAAGAACCAAUUCCACCAACAGUUUUUGAACCAUCAUUAAGAGCUGCUGCUCUUAAAAUCAGAGAUAAUUUAAUUUUAACUCGUUUUUAAAACUAAUGAUAAUAAAUAUUUUAAUUGAAUAA